UUUUGUCCAUUCUGGAAUCCUAUACAACAAAUGGGCCUCUCAAGUCUACCAACUCCAUCACAAGGAAUGCUAUAUGUUCUCUCGGUAAACGCAGCUAUGUCGUUAUCUGCAGUUAAAGGCAUACUUCGUUCCAUCCUUCAAAUCGUCGGUAUCCGUAUAUCGGCGCCAUCGACAUCGUCCCCGGAUUUGAUGCCAACUUCCCCGGACUCGACGGAUGACUCCCCAGAUUCGAUGCCAUCAUCCCCGCAUUCUGUUUUCCGCAAUGAAUUAGCUGCGUAUCACUCUGCAGCUGAAGUUUACCUCAAGGAUUACCGGAGUAGGAUCCCGACAACUCGGUUGGACACUUUAAGCAGCAGCCAGCAACCCGAGCAUGACUGCCCGGUCUGCCGGUGUGAGUUCGAGCCUGACGCCGAGGUCGACCUCUUGCCCUGCAGCCAUCUGUUCCACAAGGAAUGUUUGGAGACGUGGCUGAGGUAUUUGAGAGGUACUUGCCCCGUUUGCAGGUAUCCUCUGCUAUUCGAUGAAGUGAAUGCAUGCUACUGAUGAGAAGAUCACAAGAGUGAUGAGUAUGAGAAAAAUCUCCAUAGUGCAGCCUGUUCAAUACAAGGAUAUAUAUAUAUAUAUAUAUUUGUUAUCUUGAGGCUUAGUGUUAGGCUACCCGCAAGUUUACCUUGAUGUGGUGAUGUGUUACUUAAUGUGCAUAUUGUCAAGGUUUCU